GACAGAGAGAACAAGAAGCUGUCAUGGUUGAAUGUGUCAUCACAGUGCUGUCUGAAUGUGUCAUCACCGUCGUCUCAUCUGCGAGUUGAAGGUUCAGACUAGCUGACCUUCUCAGUCGUAAUCUUGACAUGUUUCCUCGACACUUUUCUCUCAGACAUCUCUAAGUUACACUAAGUUACACUUUUUAUUCAGACCUGUAGACAUAAAUAAAAAUGUAAGUAGCUGUCACUGUUUAGUGACCGGGGCCACCACAGGUCUGCCAUUGGCACUGAAUGUUACAGCUGUGAAAGAUAACAGAUGAGUCCAAGCUUAUCUCUCACACCACGUGUCCCGCACGUGAAGUUGUCGCCGCGGUCUGCAGACCUCAGUCUGUUAGAACAACUGAGAAACAUGAAGAGACAGGGUGUAGUGACGAUGCUGCUGUUUGCUGUCAUACGACUGUCAGAGCAGCAAUGCCCAAGGUCGUGGACACAGAUGGACGAGUCCUGCUAUGCCUUGCUGGACCAGCAGGUCACGUGGCUUAAAGCCAGAGAGUAUUGUGUGGCGGUUGGAGGACAUCUGGUGGAAAUAGACAGUGAAGAUGAAAACAACUUUAUUCUCAACCUAUUGAAGACUCAUGGAGCUACUGGCUCCUGGAUCGGACUGCAGGACUUGAUAGAGGAGGGUCAUUUUUUGUGGACCACAACCCAGCGACAGGCGGUGUACACCAACUGGGCCUCUGGUGAACCCGAUGACCUCAGUGGAGAAGACUGUGUGUGGAUCACUAACGACCCUGGCUACAGGGCUGGCGCAUGGAAUGAUGACAAAUGUGAAACCUUCCAAACGCAUGUUAUCUGCGAACAAUCCACUCAGAGAUAGUCAACCCAAAUCACAAGGAAAUCAGCCUAAUGGAUGCAAACAACAAUGUCAUAGGCUGAUGUUGUCGAUAAUAUGUUUUUAUAUUUCACACACUUAUUAAAUACAUUCCAACAUUCA